AUGAUUCCUGAUUUGCAGAUGCGGCAAAUGAGGCUCAGGAGAAAUGAUAGAGAUGUCAAACGUCAGACCCAGGGUUCCCCGGGACCCAUUGACUCCAGUCGGGCACAGCGCCCUUCCCUGCUCACCUGGCUGGCAUCUCGACAAUUUGCAGAGGUAGAUUGUGGAGAUGGAUGCUCGCGGACGGGCCGCUACCGCCUUAGACUGCUCUGCACCUUCCUGUCCGCGGCCGGACCGAGAGCGCGUAGGAGGACGGCCCCCUGCGGCGCAGCGGGAGCCGCCCAGCUGUGGGUGACAGGGAGGCCGGGGGCGGGCCUCCGCGUGACUGACAACCGCCCAGCUGUCUCCGGAUAUGCCCCGCUCUGGGGGCGGGGCGUCCUCAGGACGGGGCGUGGUCACCCUGCAGCUGCUCCCGGGCAGAAGCGUCGGGUCCCGGGCCGGGCCGGGAUGGCUGCGGUGUUGGCUGCGGCCGGCGGGCGGCGGGGGGCGGGGGCGCGGCGGGCGCCCGGGGCCGGGCCCGGGGGAGGCCCUGGGACGGGUGGCCUGGGCGGACCCCCGGGGCUGGAGGCUGCGCUCCAGAAGCUGGCGCGGCGGCGGAAGAAGGUGCUCAACGCCGAGGAGACGGAGCUGUAGCGAGCGCGCCCUGGCGGCCGCGGAGCCAUCGACCCCGACGUGUUCAAGAUCUUGGUGGAUUUACUGAAGUUGAACGUGGCCCCGCUCGCCGUCUUCCAGAUGCUCAAGUCCAUGUGUGCGGGGCAGCGGCUGGCCACGGACCCGCCGGGGCCCGAAAGCAUGGGAUCUGCUCUGGCGCCAUCCUCCUUGCCUGACACAAGAGAGAAUAAGCCCUCGGUGGUCUGCAGCCAGCACUGUGCAGCAGCCGCGGGGCUGGCCCCGGCCAGGCCGCCACUCAGACUGUGCGGGGCAGCCCCCGUCACCGCCGCCGUUUGCUCGCCUCUCUCUCACAGGGCCCCAGGUUCCUUCCAGUUUUCUGCUGGCCUGUUCUCUCCUUUCGCAGGGAGAAACAAGAGCAGUGGGGCCGCCGUGCUGGGGGAGCGUGGUGUCCGGGAAGGAUCAAGCCAGCGGAUGCCCAGGCAGCCCAGUGCCAGCAGGCUGCCCAAGGGGGGCAGCACUGGGAAGAGCCCAACCCGGAGCAGUAACUGAAGGGGCAGGAAGGCUGCCACCUUUCACUCAGCAUUCAUACCGACUCUGAAAAACUUAAGAAGGAGAAUUUAGCAUAAAUAAAGAGAUGUCGUUUAAUAAGCAGACUGGAGUACAAGGGGCGACACUCAGGGUAACAGGAGAAACCUGCCAUUGGCUUGUGUUUCCUUCCAUUGAUAAUAAACCAUGUUUUGAAA